AUGGCGGAGAGGCCGCUCGCGCAUGGACCCAUCGGCUCCUUUCCUCAGAACCAGGGACAGGACCGGACCUCAGCCAAAGCGCAGUGGAGUACCGGUCUCAGGGCCCUGAGGAACGCCAUCCCCCAGUUGCCCCCUGGGAAAUGUAGUAUCGGCGGCUGGGCUGGGAGGACGGCGGAGGAUCACCACCCACUUCCUGAGGCACUCAGCGAUAUCCUCGGAUCGGCGGCGCGGGGGCUGCUGGGACAUGGAGUCCGGCAGGACCGGGCCUGUCCCGGAAGCAAGUUGCCCGGAAGUGAUCCGCGAGGAUCUGGGCUCUCGCCGCGCCUCAGAGUCAGUUCUUGUGCAUCCGCGUUGGUCGCUUCCUUGGCGGAGUUUCUGGGCCUCCGGCCGGCGGCUCCCAGUUCUGUGGACACACUCGGUCAGCUUUUCCGCCCAGCUGCUCCUAAACGCACCUCCCCUGAGAAGUCUUCCUGGAUUUCUGCAGCUCAGGCCACCUCCCUGCUCCCGCUGCACCUGCGCGCGUGCCCCCCUGAGGAGGAGCUCGUGAUCAUCAAGGUGGAGGAGGACGAGGACGUCCCGUGGGAUCCGGAACCGUUCUCCAAGCCUCAGCCCCACACCCCACUGCCUGCUCUCAGUUGGGACCCCCGGCUGUGCUUCCGCAGCUUCCGCUAUGAAGAGGCUGCGGGGCCCCGCGAGGCGCUGGCCCAGCUCCGGGAGCUCUGCCGCCAGUGGCUGCGGCCCGAGGUGUACUCCAAGGAGCAGAUGCUGGAGCUGCUGGUGCUGGAGCAAUUCCUGGGUGUUCUGCCCCCUGACACCCGGGUCUGGGUGGAGUCCCAGUGCCCUGAGAGCGGCGAGGAGGCUGUGGCGCUCGUGGAGGACCUCUCUCAGAUGUUUCAGGAGACUGCCCUGGUCCAGGCCCCUCCUGAGGACCAACAGCCUGGAGACCUUGCAGAGCCGGCCAAACCCUUCUCGGAUGGAGCUCAGUAUCUUUAUUUCAAGCCCAGGAUGUCUGGAAGCAAGCGUAAGAGCAGCGGUGACGUAGCUGGUACUGCUAAGAAGCGCCACGCGAUAACGAUGGAAACGAAAGUGAAGAUAAUUGAGAGAGUGGAGCGAGGUGAAAAGAUGACAGAUGUUGCUCGUUCGUUUAACUUGAACCGUUCAACUAUCGGCACGAUCGUCAAGAACAAGGACAAGAUCCUGGAACACGUGAAGUCUGCUGUGUCGAUGAUGUCGACGAUCAUAUCCAAGCGGCGUGGGAAAGCGAUGGAGGAGAUGGAGAAACUUCUCAGCGUGUGGUUGCAGGACCAGCAUCAGCGUCGAGCCCCACUCAACAUAAUGCUGAUUCAAGAGAAAGCUAAAAGCCUGUAUGAAGACCUGAAGAAGAAAUAUGGUGAAGAAUCAGACGGCCCGUCUUUUAACGCCAGCUGUGGCUGGUUUUAUCGGUUCAAGGCCAGAGCCAAUCUUCACAACGUAAAAGUAAGUGACGAGGCAAUGAGUGCAGAUAUGGCUGCUGCCCGGGAAUUUCCUGACAUCCUUCGAGAAAUUAUUGAUGAAGGGGCAUAUUUACCAGAGCAGGUUUUUAAUGUGGAUGAGACAGGACUGUACUGGAAGAGGAUGCCAGACCGAAGUUACAUCAGUAAGGAGGAAAAGUUGAUGCCAGGUUAUAAAGCAGCAAAGGACAGGCUGACUCUGCUGUUUGGUGGCAAUGCUUCCGGCGAUAUGAAGCUGAAGCCUCUCUUGGUUUACCAUUCAGAGAGCCCCAAAGCCCUUAGAAAUAUAGCCAAGGGCUCUCUUCCUGUUGUGUGGAAGAGUAACCCCAAAGCUUGGGUUACACAGGCCAUUUUCCAGGACUGGUUUUUCCACCACUUUAUCCCGGAGGUAGAGAUAUACUGCUUGGAGAAGGACAUCCCGUUCAACAUUCUUUUGUUGCUUGACAGUGCUCCAGGCCACCCCCCGUUCAUGGAUGAUUUUCAUCCCAACGUCAAAGUAGUGCGUCUUCCACCGGAUACUGCGCCCCUUAUCCAACCCAUGGACCAGGGAGUUAUAUCGACUUUCAAGAAAUAUUAUUUACGUCACACUUUUCGUCAGGCAGUGAAGGCGAGUGAUGAGUCAGGAACAACCUUGCGACAAUUUUGGAAGGACUAUAACAUCUACAAGGCCAUAAAAAACAUUGACUUUGCUUGGCGUGAGGUUACGGCCGGCACCAUGAAUGGCGUAUGGAAGAACCUUUGCCCGCAGUUUGUUCAUGAUUUUCAUGAAUUCGAGAAGGUGAAUGAGGAGUCCAGAGAGGUCUUCAGCAACUUAGUGACCCUCAGUGAGAAGCUGGAGCUGGAUCUGCAGGAGGAUGACUUCAUUGAACUCCUUGCUGUGCAACACGAGGAGCUUACUAACGAAGACCUGAUGGAACUGGAGGCCCAGAGAAAGGACGAAGAGAGACAGGAGGAGGAACAACGAAGUGAAGAGCUGAAGAGAUUCACGAUGCAGGACAUGGCCAGGGGGUUCUCUCUGUUUGAGGAGGCACUGUUCAUUUUAGAGGCCCAGGACCCGAAUGUAGAACGGUACACGAAGGUUGAGGCAGCCGUUCAGAACGCAAUCCAGUGCUACCGUGUCAUCUACGAUGAGAAAAAAAGAGCCACUGCCCAGACAACCCUGGAUCGGCUUUUAAAGAGGGAGAUGGAAUUGCCAGCUCCUUGCUGGCAAGGAGCCAGAACCUGUGCCUCGACGUCAGGCCUGAGUGACGUCACAGCCCGCCCGCCUGUUGCUGACGGUCCUUCUCUCUGCCAGCUCCCCCUCCUCGUCCAGCUCCACCAGUAACUUCUUGCCUAUUCACUCCAUGCCAGUCCCUCUAAUCAGGUGUUAUGCUGUACUCCUGUACUUUCUAAGGUAUUAUACUGUAAGAUUAAAGAUGCUUUCUUUA